CUUAAUACCAAAUUCUUUCAUACUUCUACGAUUGUUAGAAGAUCUAAGAACUCUAUCAUUAGAAUCAAGGAUAGUGAAGGAAGAUGGUUGGAUAAUAUCAAGGACAUCGAACAACACGUUAUGAGUCAUUUUAAUGAGUUAUUUAAUUCAUCUACUAAUGAUUUAGAUUGUCAGGAAAUUGGUCAGUUGUUUCCUAAUGUGAUAGCUCAUGAGGAUAAUUUAACUCCGGUUAAAGAUGUUUCUGUGGAAGAAAUUAAGCUAGUUGUGAAGCAACUUGAAUCCCUAAAGGCGUCGGGUCCCGACGGAUUACAAGGUCUGUUCUUCAUAAGGUACUGGAAGGAGGUACUUGUUAAUGGAUCUCCGAGUAUAAGCUUUCAACCUUCAAAUGGGAUUAGACAAGGGGACUCUUUGUCCCCUUUUAUCUUUAUUUUGUGUCUUGAAGCUUUGUCAAGGUUAAUCCAACGGGGUAUCAAUAAUAAGUCUAUUGAUGGGUUUGCUAUAUCUAGAGGUGCUCCUAAAAUUACCCAUUCGUUAUAUGCUGAUGAUAAUGUCAUUUUUGUGAAGGCCAACUACAAAAAUGCUUGUAAUCUUAGGAAGAUUUUGGAUAAGUUUUGUAGGUGGUCUGGCCAGAUUAUAAGUAAGACCAAAUUCACCCUUAUUACUUCUUCUAAUUUGGGUAGGAGUUUCACUAAAGGUAUGGCUAGAGCUCUUAAUGUUCAAGUGGCCACUAACCCAGGGAAAUAUUUGGGAAUUCAUAUGCAGUGGGGUAGGAUUAGUGCGAAAACUUAUUUAGAGAUCGUUGAAAAGAUUGAAAAUAGGCUGCAUGGUUGGAAAGCUAGGGACCUAAAUAUUGCUGGUAGAAUAACACUACUUAAAUCUGUUUUGGACCCUGUAACUAAUUAUGUCAUGUCCUUGUUAAAGUUACCAAAAGGCUUAUAUAAUAAGCUAAACAGAUAUAAGAGGGAUUUUCUGUGGGGUGGUGAUAAAGAAAGUACUAAAAUGCUUGCAGUCCCAUUGAGCAUGGUGGUAUCGUCUUGAGGGAUUUGGAGACUAAUAACUUGGCUUUAUUAGCUAAAAUGGCCUGAAGGAUUUUUGAUAACCCCACAACUAUUGUGUCUAGAUUGUUGCAGGCCAAAUAUGUUAAGGAAGGUGAUUUCUGGUCUUCUACAACUAGCAAUGGUAGCUCAACCAGUUGGAAAAGCAUCAUUAAAGGUAAGAAUUCUAUUAGAGAGAGUCUAAGGUGGAGUAUUGGUAAUGGUAAGGAUGUGAACCUUUGGGAUGAUUCUUGGAUUGGAAACUUACCCAUCUCUGCUAUAGUCGAUUUGAGUAAUGUUUUUAAUCCAAACAUCAGAGUUAGUGACAUUAUUGAUACUAACUCUAAUGAUUGGGAUUUAAGUAAGAUUGAGAACUUGGUGUCUUCCCAGAUGUUUGAGCAAAUCAAGUCAAUUCCAUUGACUGUUUGUGAAAAUACUAAGGACAUGCUUAUUUGGGCUGGUAGUAGUGACGGUGCGGUGAGUGUUAGAGAUGCUUAUCAUUAUUUGAACUCCAAAACCCCUUCUUUUCCUGCCAGGAAUCCAGACUGGAAGUAUUUGUGAAAGCUUAAAUGCCCACAUAAGAUUAAAUUCUUUCUGUGUCAACUGUGUCACAAUAAACUUAAUUUGCAUGAGUCUCUUUACAGGAAAGGUAUGUGUAAUCAUCCAGGGUGUUUACUUUGUGAUCAGGAUUUUGAAACCACCUAUCAUCUUUUCUUUAAUUGCAGCGCUGUUUGGCCUGUGCGGAGUAAAUGUUUGAGUUGGAUUGGUUUUAGACCAGUAAAUGUUACUUUGUCCCAGUCCUCAUUUAAAUCCGUGUGUUCAUUUAAAGGUAGAAUAGGAGGUAUAAAAUGGUGUUUUAUAUUUCCUUUUUUGCUUUGGAGUACUUGGAUUGCCAGGAACAAGUUUGUGUUUGAACAAGAAAAAUUUCAUGCCCAGGAAGUUCUUGCGAGGGCUUUAAGGUGUGCCAGGGAGUAUUAUUAUGUUGUUAACGGCAUGGAAGGAGAUACUCAUGGUUAUGAGGAAAUUAACAUCCCUUGGAGGUUCCCUAGUAAUGGUUUUCAUAAAAUAAACAUUGAUGGUGCUUCCGCUGGUGGUGUUAUUGCAGGGACUGGAGGAGUUAUUAGAGCUAAUGAUGGGAGAUUUGUAGCCUGUUAUUGCAAACACAUAUACUUCAAUGGGAAUAAUGAUGCUGAGGUAUGGGAUGUUCGUGACGGUCUCAAAAUUGUUGUUGCUUUGGGUAUUCAAAAGUUGAAGGUCGAAAGUGAUCCACUUAUACCAUUCAACUUUGUGAUCCAAAGAUCAAGCCACCAUGGAGAUUGCAAAGGCUUAUUGAAGAUAUAAACUCACUGAAGACUAAGUUCAAAAGUAUUGUUUUCACCCACCAAUACAGAGAAGUAAAUGGAGUGGCUGGUAAGAGGGUUCUUGAGGGUCAGUGGUUUCAUACUGCACUUGAUGUAAUAAAUUGUCAUUUUCUUGAGGAUAGUGCUGGUAGAGCCUAUUCGCGUCGAGUUAGAAGAGUAAGUUCUUAGUUGCUAGAUGCGUCUAGCGUAUCAAAAAAAAAGGUUGAUUAUGGAAGACAAUGAGAUUUCUUUUUGUUAAUGUUGUUGUUGAUGUGGUUUUAUGAAGAUGAUGAAGGUUGAUUAUGGAAGACGAUGAGAUUUCUUUCUGUUGAAUCAUAUAAAGAUGAUGAAGACGAAGAUUUGAGAUGAAGAUUUGUGUGUUUUUCUUUCUCUGUUUGAUGUUGCUGCUUAUAAAGAUGAUGUUGAAGACGUCGAAGAUGAUGAAUUUGUAGAUCUGUAUUCUUCUUCUCUGUUUGUUG